GGGAAGCGCGGGGCUCCGUCCGGAUGGCGAGUUUGGCUUUUGGCCUCGCUCGGUGGAGUUUUGCUUUCGGCCCGGAGUGCGCCGGCAGGAGGCUGUGGGUGGCGGGGCCUGAUGGUGUGUGAAUGAGGACUCCCCGCUGGAAUUUGUGCCGAGCAAAGCUGGACGAGGAGUGGAUCCACGCGCCUGGUGCUCUGUUUGAGUGCGGGAGGAGCGGGCACGGCUGAAGACCGUCGAGGAGCAGAGUGGGAGCGGCUGCGCCAUUGCGUUGGGCCUCAGGAGAACAGUGUGUGACUGUGUGUCGAGCGUCCUGCGUGGCCGUUGCCGGAAAGCAGCCUCCUGGAGAGCAGCAGAGCAGCAGGCUGUCUGCGCUAUGGCCGCUGAAGUGCAUUUCUCGGCCCCUGAGACCCCUGAGCCCACGCUGAUGGAGAACGUGCUGCGCUGCGGCCUCUUCUUUGGAGCCGUUUUCCAGCUUGUGUGCGUGUGGGCCACAAUGCUGCCAGUUGCCAAGUGCCCAGAGACAGACUGGGACGGCUUGGAGUCUAAGACCUGGGAGACGGCGAAGAAACCAAAGGCAAGUGCUGCACAGCUGAGCAAGAAAGCCAAGAAGGGAAGCAAAAAGAAGCGGUGAGGGCUUGAGCGCUAAGCCUCAAAGGCCAAAGGAAGCAGCGGGAAUGCUUGCUGAGAGGUGCUCCAAAGGCAGCGCACUGUACGUCUGGUUUUGUGGCGUGGCCGUGCUUUCCCUUGCACGGACAUUGGAGAGGAACUGAGGAAGCUGGAGGGGCUUCUGAUGCGUGGCGAACAAAUGGGACUUUGCCUGUGCGGGAUUUCAUGUCUGGCAAGAGCUGGGGACGCUGCGUUCCUUCAGGGUCCUUCAGCUCGAUAGCUGUUUCAGAACGUUGAUGAUGAGGUGAACUUAGCGCAUGCCGCUGGUCAUGAGCGGUAUCCAGGCUAUUUUAUUGCCUGUUGACGUAUCUGCAAAACGCAACCCAACUCCCUUAGUUUCAAAUAAAAGGGAAACAAACCUU